UGGGAGUUUGAAAGAGAAGCUGGAGAAGUGAUGGUGUAAUUGAGUGAUGGAGGUUAAGGAACCUGUUGCUUGCCGUGGGCUAGUGUGUAGUGAAACAUAAUUUUUAUGUGCUGUUUGCUGUUUGUGAAAACAAUGGGUAGUUCAUUUAGUACGAAAAGUGAAUCUCCUCCUACAGAGGCUACUACUACGAAGACGAACAAUGUUCGCUCCAGCAUCCGCGCUAAACAGCCGAUGCCCGAUGCGAAUGAACUGGAGAGAAGAUUUACCAAAGUUUUGGCGUCCAUGGAUCUUCCUCCAGACAAAGCGAAACUUCUUAAGCAAUACGAUGACGAGAAGAAGUGGGAUAUUAUCUGUGAUCAGAAAAGAAAAAUGGUUGGUGAUGCCACAUCCACACAAGUCUUAAGGGAUCUUGAGAUUUCACUGAGAACAAAUCACAUUGAGUGGGUGCGUGAGUUUCUGGAUGACCAGAACCAGGGGCUGGAUCACCUCAUUGAAUACUUGAGCUUCCGACUGGUCAUGAUGAGGCAUGAACAGAGGAUAUCAGAGUCACGGAACUCCUCAGAAGAGCGCCUGGCAGGCAGUGUAACAGCCGGAGGUUCCUCUGGACCAGCCUCCAUAAGCAGUCCAGGUCAUAAUAAUGGCUACCUUCGGCCAGCAUUGGAGAUGCUGGAUAGCCCAGGUGUGCGCAGACGUUCUCGACAUGUUGCCAAGCUCAACAUGGGUGAAGCGAAGGAUGACAUCCAUGUCUGUAUAAUGUGCCUGCGUGCCAUCAUGAAUAACAAGUAUGGCUUCAACAUGGUUAUCCAACACAGAGAAGCAAUUAACUGCAUUGCCUUAAGUCUUAUGCACAAAAGUCUGAGCUUAAUGGAAUACUUCAUUAACUACCAAGUUUUCCAUAUAGAGUUCAUGGUGGCUUGCAUGCAGUUUGUCAAUAUUGUGGUGCAUUCAGUGGAAGACAUGAAUUUCCGGGUUCAUCUCCAGUAUGAGUUCACAAAACUUGGACUUGAUGACUAUCUGGAGAAAUUGAGGCAUACAGAAAGUGAGGAACUUCAGGUGCAAAUUUCUGCCUACUUGGACAAUGUGUUUGAUGUUGCUGCUCUUAUGGAAGACAGCGAGACAAAGACUGCAGCUCUGGAGAAAGUGGCUGAACUGGAAGAUGAGCUCGGACAUGCUCAUGAACGACUGGCCGAAGUGGAAGGAGAGUCAUUGGCAAAACUGGCUGAGCUGGAAACGGAACUUGGAGCAAUAAGAGCCGAGAGGGACGAGCUGCUUGAGGGUAGACGGCAAGUGGAUGAGGAGGUGAAUACAUUACGUCGAGCUGUGAUGCAGCAACAGCAGGAGUCCCAGAAUAGGCAGUCCAUGCUAGAGAACAAGAUUAUGGAAUUGGAGACUCUGACUCGUACCUUACCCAGAGGAAGUGGUUCUGGUGGCGACAGUACAAAUUCUUCAGUCCCCAUACCUCCACCACCUCCAUUGAUUCCUCCCACUCUGCCAGCACCUGCUCCUCCUCCUCCACCCCCAUGUCCUCCGCCACCGCCCUUGUCUUCAUCACGAGGCUCACCGGCUCCUGUGCCUCCUCCUCCAGCUGGAAUGAUGCAGGCUCCAGAUGGUGCUAUGACUAUCAAGAGAAAAGUACAGACCAAGUAUAAGCUUCCUACACUAAACUGGAUAGCACUUAAACCUAAUCAGGUUCGUGGUACAAUAUUCAGUGAACUAGAUGAUGAUCGGUUGCACAGUAUAAUAGACUUUGGUGAUUUUGAGGAGAGGUUCAAGAUUGGUACUGGUGGAUCAUUUACAAAUGGUGAUACAGAAGUUGAUGGACUUGCUAGUUUCCCAAGCAAGAGGUUCAAACGUACGGAAAAUGUUUCCUUACUUGAACAUACACGACUCAGGAAUAUAGCAAUAUCAAGACGUAAGAUGGAAAUGCCUGCGGAGAAGGUGAUCGCUGCUGUAAAUUCACUGGACCUGAAGCUCCUGUCCCUGGAAAAUGUGGAAAUUCUUCAGAGAAUGGUGCCUACUGACCAAGAGACUAAGGCCUACAGGGAAUAUGUGGGCUCAAAGAAGAAUGUGAAUUUGCUGACAGAGGAGGAUAAAUUCCUGUUGCAGUUAGGAAAGGUGGAAAGGAUAUCAGCCAAACUUAGCAUUAUGAGCUACAUUGGGAACUUCUUCGAUAACAUUCAUCUCAUCACUCCACAAAUUCAUGCCAUCAUCUCUGCAUCUAGUUCAGUAAAAAGUUCCAAAAAGCUUCGACGAGUGCUGGAGAUAAUUCUAGCAUUUGGAAACUACCUGAACAGUAGUAAACGUGGUCCAGCUUAUGGAUUCAAGCUUCAGAGUCUUGAUACAUUACUUGACACCAAAUCCACGGACAAGAGGAUGUGCCUUCUUCACUAUAUUGUUGAAACAGUGAGACAUAAGUUCCCAGAACUGUUGAAUUUUGACUCUGAACUCAUGUACAUCGAUAAAGCUGCCAGCGUGUCGCUGGAGAAUAUUGUGACAGAUGUUCAUGAGCUUGAGAAAGGUAUGGAUUUGGUACGCAAGGAAGCAGAACUUCGAGGGACUGGGAAGGAACGCGGUAGUGGUCAGAGUGUAGUGCUGAGAGAUUUCCUGGCAAAUUCUGAAGAGAAACUCAGGAAACUCAAAGCUGAUGGCCGUAUUGCUCAGGAAGCAUUCCGGGAAUGUGUUGAAUACUUUGGCGAGUCUCCACGUACUACUGAUGCCAGUACAUUUUUCUCAUUGCUCGUUCGCUUUUCCCGUGCCUGUAAACUUGCAGAUCAGGAAAAUGAACAGCGAAGAAGGUUGGCACAGGCAGCAUUGGAGGCACUCAACAAACCCAAUGAAGAGGUGAUGAAGCGCAAUAAGCUGAAUCAGAAAAAACAGCAGGAAGCAGUGAUCAAUGAACUGAAGUGCAAGACUCGACUCGUACAAGAAAAGAAACUUCUUCAGCAGGAUGAAGUGUAUAAUGGGGCAUUGGAGGACAUUUUACUGGGUCUUAAAAGCGAACCCUACAGGCGGGCAGAUGCUGUGCGUCGCAGCCAAAGACGUCGCAUUGACAACAAUCGCCUUUCCCGAACCAUGGAAGAACUAGAAUUCUGAGUUGAGGUUUGCCAGAUAGGACAACAUGUGCAUGGUAGCAUUCUUUCAUUCUGUUGACAUAAAACGUGGACAGGAGAAGAAGCAUGUGUUGGGAAAGUGAUAAGAUAAUACUGCUCAUUCCAUUUUUCAUACAUUUUUGGCUACCUUGAUUUGUGCAUUAUUCAUGUUUGCUUUGUUACAGACUGGGACCCAUGUAAUUAAAUAGUUUUAGUGUAUUUAAUUUAAAAUAUAUCUGUACUAGAAAGUGUUUAUAAGUGGAAUACAGUUGAAAUUAUGCUUUAUCAUCAAAAUUGAGGAAUUAACAUCUUUAGUUCCAUACAACAUUUUGUAUAUAUGUGACAUCAGUUUCUUUCACUGCAAUAUUUUCCCUGUAAGGCAUAUCUGAACAGUAGAAGAACUUUUUUUUAAUAUUUUUUCCACUUUUAUCAUGGAGUAGUAUGUGCUUAUAUGACAUCUUUGUGUGUGGUUUGGUGCUUUUGUGAUUGAGAUUUUAAUGUGCUGCACUAGAAUUUCUCCUUACACUACCUCAGUUGUCUAAAUUUAAGUUCAGGGAUUGGUACUCAGAAUGUUGAUUUUAUGUUUCAUGAUCAGAAGAAUUUAGUGUUGGUAUCAUCUUCCAUAAGAAUGUCAUUGAAAUUGUAAACUGGUCAUUGUUUAUAUUAAUUAUAAUUUACAGAUGUGAUGACAAAAUUAACCCUUCAUGUGCUAAGAACACUUCUGACUUGGUACAGUGAAAAGCCAUAGAGCUCUCCCGCAAGUCUGGUUCAUUGAACUUAUAAAGUUAAUCAGAUCCUUAUAGCCGUUUAUUUAGGUGUUCCAGUCAUGUAUUUUGGACUUUGGAGAAGGGCAUAAGGGGUUAAUACAAUAGUGUAGGGCCACUUGUUAAUUGCUGACUGUGAGUGAGGUCAAAUAUUAGACAGAUAAUGGAUAAUGCAUAAUGAAUAGUGAAAAUUAAAAGAUGGGGUACUAACAGGCACAAAAAGAGACUUGCGAUGAUGUGAAACAUGACUAUAAGGGUUUGUAUAUUUUUUUAGUUUUAGACGUUCUGUGUAUCGUCCUUGAGCUGCACAGUAAAAUGCUCCCAGCCUCUCAGAAACUCAUUGGACAAAUAUAUGUGUAUAUUUUACAUAAAGUCUAAAGUUCAGUUACUCUUUAUAAUUUUAUUCGUAUUUGCUGAACUUGAAGGAAUUGAUGUAAAGAUGAAAUAAUAUUUUUAAUUUGAAAAAAAAAAGAAAGGAAACAUGAAUUUAAUUUAUGUCAUAUGUGACAAUGUAAAAAUGCAAUACUUUUGAAGUUUGGAAACUUUGCCCUUACUGUUGCUCCAGCUUCUUGUCAGCUUUUUAAAUGUCUAUUUGCGUAAAUGAAAACAAUUAUACAGUUACACAUAAAGAAACCAAAGCCAUAGGACAAAAAAUUCCACUUUUAUUUGUAUAUAAAGGAUAACUGUAAUUUAAUAUAAAUUGCAAUAAAUGUGGACAUAUCAUA